CAACGAGAAUGAUGAGUCAAGGUGCUCAUUCAUCACAUUUACUGAAAAGUUUCCAUGAUCUGUCAACAACUGCAAACAUACCACUUUCUUCUGCUAGUGUGACUGGUACUCGCUUUUUGGUUAAUUCUGCAAGCAUUUUACCAUCUCCGACUAUCGUGAUCAACAGGGAGUUUUGGAUCGAUUCUUUAAGCAUAUCACCAUCUUCAACUAGUGUGAUCAAAAGUAAGUUUUGGGUCCAUUCUGUAAGCAUGUCACCAUCUAAAACUGUGGUGAGAAACAGUGGGUUUUGGAUCAAUUCUUCAAGCACAACACCAUCUGCAACUACUGUGAUCAACAGCAAGUUUUGGGUCAAUUCUUCUUCUUUAAGCAUAUCACCAUCUUCAACUAGUGUGAUCAAAAGUAAGUUUUGGGUCCAUUCUGUAAGCAUGUCACCAUCUAAAACUGUGGUGAGAAACAGUGGGUUUUGGAUCGAUUCUUCAAGCACAACACCAUCUGCAACUAGUGUGAUCAACAGCAAGUUUUGGGUCAAUUCUUCUUCUUUAAGCAUGUCACCAUCUCAAACUACUGUGUCCAACAAGUCUUGGGUCAAUUCUUUAAGCAUAUCAGUAUCUUCAACUAGUGUGAUCAACAGCAAGAGUUCGUUCAAUUUUUUAAACGUAUCACCAUCUCCGACUAGUGUGAUCACUGGAAGCAGUUUAGUUGCUCCUGCAAUCUCUGGAACCUCAAAAUCGUUGUCCAUCCCAACUGUUGCAUCGCUAAUGCCGAGUCAAAAUGCAUCGUCAUUGCUGACAACUGGAAUCUCCUAUUAUUUAACACCAACACCUGUUGUUUCCAAUUCAGCGAAAUCAUUCCUAGAAAAUAAAACAAUUGUUCUCGUGAUUAUUGGUAGCAUGGCUGGUAUCAUUGCCAUCUUAACCAUUCUACUGUUUGUGAUGUUGAAACUAUAUUUGAAACAGAAACAUAAAGUCCAUCUCAAAACAGCUGACUUGAACUGUGGACGGUAUAUCGGAUCACAGCCUAAUACGAUCAAGUCUGAAUACUUCAAUGUGGAUGUAGAAGGUCGAUAUGGUUGGGUGGCUCCUGAAAAUCUUACAUCUAACAUAGGAUAUCAUGCAGUAAGUGUACAGUCGAGUUCAUUGUCAGUGAAUGAUACGUAUGAAGAGGUCUCUAAAACACAGUAUUCCAAUAAAGGUCAAUACAAGUAUGGAGACACUAGGGUAUGAGUUGGUUACCCGUUUGUGACUUUAGUAAAGAAUAACGUGUAUUGCUGAUUUAUUAGCUAUCGUGUGUAUUAGUCUGGUAUCUUGUGAAUUUUCGUUUGUGUAAAUACUGAGCAUUCA